GAGCAGCAGUGUAUUGGUUAGGCGACAUUUGGGGAACAGCGUUGGGGUCCAGGAGCAUCAGGAGAGGCGAAAUGAGGAGUCAGAGGGCAUUUCGGGGGAUAGGGUUGGGCUCCAAACCCACCACGGGGCGGGGACAGCGGGGCAGCUCCCACCCCCUGACCGCCUUCGUCCUCCCCACAGCCCCAGCGAUGCUGCGGUCCCUGCGCCCCAUCCCGCGGCUGUGCCCGCGGCUGUGCCCCGCCGGGCCGUGCCCAGCGCGGUGCCAGCCCCGGCGCCGCCUGGCCGUGCCCCCCGGCGCCCCGCGGCUCCCGCUGUGGCAGCGGCUGUGCGUGGCGGGCGCGGUGGCGGGCGCGGCGGCGGCGGGCUGGCUGUACGUGCGGCACGAGAAGGAGCGGCAGCAGCGCUCCCGCCGCCUGCAGCAGCUCCGCCGCCUGGCGCUGGGCCAGGGCGACUUCCAGCUGCGGGACACGGCGGGCGCGGCGCGGAGCAAGGCGGAUUUCCUGGGCCGCUGGGUGCUGCUCUACUUCGGCUUCACGCACUGCCCGGACGUGUGUCCCGAGGAGCUGGAGAAGCUGAGCCGCGCCGUGGAGCUGCUGGAGCGCGACCCGGCGCUGCCGCCGCUGCAGCCGCUCUUUGUCACCGUGGACCCCGAGCGCGACGACGCGGCGGCGCUGGAGCGGUACCUGCGGGACUUCCACCCGCGCCUGCUGGGGCUCACCGGCACCCCCGAGCAGGUGCGGGCCGCCGCCAGCGCCUUCCGCGUCUACGUGAGCGCCGGGCCCCGCGACGCCGACGGGGAUUACGUGGUGGAUCACUCGGUGCUCACGUUCCUCGUGGAUCCCGACGGCGUUUUCCGGGACUGCUACGGGCGCUCCCGCACGGCCGAGGAGCUGGCGCGGAGCGUCAGGGGACACAUGGACGCCUACGAGCCGCUGCCCGCCGCGGAUGGGCAAUAAACGGCCGUGACACCCCCCCAAA